UAUCUCUUCCUCCCAUCUCCAACAAAAACUAUACUGAUUCCGAUUCAAGAACCUCUCUACCCACUAACCCAAAAUCAAUAAAAGCAAUAAACAAAUACCCUUCAAAUCCAACUUCACAGCAAAGCAUUUCAACUCUUUUUUUUUUUUUCUUUUCUUUUUUAAUAGUACUUUUAAAAAGACUGUCUUUAUUGCUUCUUCAACGCGCCAUUAAAAGGGCUAGUUCAAGAAACAAUAAACAAUAUGACAGACUUCGUGAUUCUCACGUCCCACAUCUCUUAACUUGAAGAAACUAGCUUACCCCAUUUUCCCAUUUCUUAAAUCCAAUUCCUUUUUUCCCCUUCCAUUACUAUAACCAUAUUUUCUUUGUCAAAAUCCAAGAAUUGGUCUUUACUGGGUUUGAUGUUUCUUACCAUUUCAAUCUAAGAAUCUGAAAAAAUCAUUUCUUUACUGAGUUUGGUGGGUUUUUGCCAUUUCAAUUCAAGAAUCUAGAAAAAAAGAUCAUUUCUUUAUUGGAUUCUUGAUACAUUUUUAUACACCCUUUAAAGCAGCCAUGACAGAGGUCCUCCACUCCUCUUCUCCUUCCUCUUCUUCUCCUUCAAUAUCUACACCUACACACAAUGGCCACACAUUGUUUAUAGAAGAAGAAAUUGAGAGGGGUUCUGAGGUUGCUGUUUGUGAUUCUGAGGAAGAAAUAGAGGAGAAAAAGAGAGAGAAAGAAAGAAGAGAUCAUUUGUCUUUAUUGGCUCUUUUAGUGACAUUGUUUAGGAAGAGUUUUUGGAUGGCUUGUAAGACAGAUAGGGAAGGAGGAGGAGAUCUAUGUGGUGGUAGUAGGGGUAUGGAAAUUGGGUGGCCUACUAAUGUGCGCCAUGUUGCGCAUGUUACCUUUGAUAGGUUCAAUGGAUUCUUGGGUCUUCCUGUUGAAUUUGAGCCUGAAGUUUCCAGAAGAGCCCCCAGUGCUAGUACCACUGUAUUUGGAGUGUCAACGGAGUCCAUGCAGUUAUCAUUCGACUCCCGUGGGAAUAGUGUUCCAACUAUUCUCCUUCUAAUGCAAAGGCGUUUGUAUGCUCAAGGGGGUCUACAGGCAGAAGGGAUUUUCAGAAUAAAUGCUGAAAACAGCGAGGAGGAGCUUGUUAGGGAGCAAUUAAACAGGGGAAUAGUUCCGGAUGGGAUUGAUGUACAUUGUUUGGCAGGUCUCAUUAAGGCUUGGUUCAGGGAGCUGCCAAGUGGGGUAUUAGAUACUCUUUCUCCCGAGCAGGUCAUGCAAUCCCAAUCAGAAGAGGACAGCAUUGCACUCGUGAGACUUCUGCCACCAACAGAAGCUGCUCUGCUGGACUGGGCUAUCAAUCUCAUGGCUGAUGUUGUCCAGGAAGAACACCUUAACAAGAUGAAUACGCGCAACAUCGCAAUGGUGUUUGCUCCUAACAUGACACAGAUGGCAGAUCCGUUGACUGCACUGAUGUAUGCUGUCCAAGUAAUGAAUUUCUUGAGGACCCUCAUCGAAAGGACCUUAAAAGAAAGAGAAGAUUUCCUUGUUGAACCGGCUUCUGUUUCUAACCUAGGGCGGCCUGAUGAGAAUGGUCGUCAAAGUCCACCGCAACUAUCUCUGGAGAGCACCAAUGAAUCAGAUGAACUGACUGAGCAGGUAUAUACUGUAGAAGAGCCCGAUUCAGCCAAGGUGUCUGAAUCUAAUCGAGUAGAUAACAUCACUGAUGAUGAAUAUCUUAGUUAUACAACUUCUUCAGAGGAAUCCGACGAUAGUGUAUCUUGUGAAACUCCUAUCCAUGUUAAUACCAUGGCAAGAGAAGGCUGUGUGACAAAAGGUUCAAACUUUGAAGAGGACACUCAAAGGAUAGGCCAGUCAAGUGAUUCUAAUCAGACGAAGGAUGUUCUGAAAAUCGAUUUAGAGCCAACUGUAGUUCAGUCUCUGGGAAAUGAUAGUAAAUCGAAAGGAAUAAGCAACUUGAGCCGCAUAAACUCAAUGACAGAGCGGAUAGAAGCCUGGCGGUAAAGAGGAGUGAACAACUUUCUAUGCUGACUAAGAUGGUAACAGUUACUAUUUGGUUGUGAAAAUGUGAAUGGUUAAUGCUUCAUGUAUGUGUUCUAGUGUACUGUCGGUGGUUUUUUUAACUGGUUACAGUUUGAUGUGUACAUUAUACAGUCUGCUUUCUAAAUACUAGAACGCGAAUAUGAUUGAUCUGCACCUGCACAAUGUGGAUGUCCACCUCCA